AUGGGCCAACAGCAAGCUCAAUUACCGGCGUCGAACUUGAUGCAGAACCAGAACUUCAACCCGCCGCCAGCGCAGUACAUCGAGCCCAACAACCAGCAGUUCGACAACCAGCAGAACAGUAACCAGCAAAACAACAACCAACAGCUCCGCUGGGCUGACCCAUACCAACCCCAAGCCCGGGCCCAGCCCCGUCCCGCGGUCCCAUCCCAACCAGCAAAGCGCGGACGGCCCCGCAAACACCUUGACGAGGAAGACCAAGACGAAGGACAAAGACCAUCAAAAAGACCCAAACUCCAGCAAACCCCGUGGCAACCGCCCCUCAUGCGCAUAACGCACUCCCCCCACGUCGGCCAGCACAACCCCAUCGAUAACACGUGCGACCACUGCCGCGCCCGCCCCGACGAGAACCAGGGCUGCGACGUCGACCUCGCCAACCAGAUCGAGUGCCACCGCUGCACCCGCCAUCGCGCCCUCGUCGACCCGAACCACAUCUGUAAAGUCCUCGGCAGGGAACACUGGCAGAAGCGCUUCGCCAACUCCCGCCCCUCGUACCCGAUCACCGAGACGAGCUCGAGCGUCUGCGCGCGGUGCAAGACGCACCAGGGAAGCGGGCGCGUCGCGCUGUGCGACAUUGACGACCGGGUCAAGAUUGGGUGUACGCCGUGCAAGAACGAUCGGGCGCUGUGCUGGGUGUACGACGAGCAGAAGGUGAGCGGCGAGAAGCCGGACGUGGACCAGCCGGCAGAGGUCAUGUGGAACCGGCCGAUACCCGGAGACGGUACCGUGCCCGCGGGUCGGCGGCCUUGGUGGCGGCAGAUGUGUCAGGGUUGUCAGCCCGGCAAGACCAAGCCGUGUUCCUGGAUCCGGGAUUUCCGGCUGAGGGAGUACAAGUGCACGUCGUGCGUCGAGAAGAACAUACCCUGCGUGGAUCCAUGGACGGCGGCCACGUACGAUACGCCGUACACGUGGGCCCCCGGGGACGGAGACAAGAUUGUCUACGACAAGGGGACCAAGCUCCGGGAGGGUAGGCACCGCUGUACCAACUGCGUGACGAACCAGGCCAUGUGCCGGUCUCUCACCGACGAGGAAGACUUUGCGUGCGUCCGGUGCACCUCGUGGGGCCUGGUGUGCCAGAUGCCCGGGAACGGGAGCCGGCACCCGUCGCGGCAGCUGCCUUGGAUCGAUAGGAAGAGGAUCGGGUGGUCUGGGUGGACGAAGUGCACGGCCAACGGCAAGGGGAUGAAGUUCCGUGGGUGCCUGCGGUGCCGAGAGAACGGGUAUAAAUGCGAUCGGAAGCGGCCCUGUGAUACGUGCGUCAAUGAUAGGGCAGAGGCGGACUGCGAUUCGUGGGUGAUGAACAGGGAGUUGGUUAGACGCAAGGGAACGGAUGGCGUGGAGCAGCCCGAGUAUUACAUGGCUCUCGGACCGAGGUACGCGGUCAUGACGGAUCCUGCUGUUGCUGCGGCUGCUGUUGCGGCUGCCGCCGCCGCUGUCGGUGCUCCGGCCGGUGCUCCAGGUCCUGCUCCUGUAACAGUUGGAAAUUCUCCCAUGGCGGCGCAGCAGGACCCACGUCAGUUCGGAGGUGUUGUCGGCAAUGGUCCCGGCGGCGGCGGCGGCAUGGCCCCACUGCCACGGCCUAUGGCGGCAACUGGACAGCCAGGUUUCGCCGCACUGCCGGAUCCGAUGGCGUACCACGACCCGAUCUACCCCUACGGCAACCAGGACUACAUCCGUAACCAACAAAACAACAUGAUGUACGGCGACAACAACACCGCUGCCAUGGCGAAUCAGACGGGCGGAGGAUUCUCCGACUGGGUGAGCGGCUACAACGCAAACAUCAACCAAGCCGGCCCGAGCCAAAACGUCCAACCGCCUCCGUUCCAAGGUCAUGCCCAUAACCAGGAUGAUAUCCAGUACAUGAUGGGCAAUGGGUAUGACAUCAACCCCGAGAACCUGGUCCAAAUGGCAGAGGCACAGCCAGUCCUCAUACACCCUCAGCUCGAAGUCGACUCCGAACGCGAACAAUCCGAACUCACCCGCGGCAUCUGCGACUUCAUGGCUCAACUAGCCCGAGACGGCCGCUUCGUGCCCGUCGAGCUCCGUAACUUCAGCCCCCCAGAAGUAGCCGAAACCCCUGCCGCCGCCCGCAUCGGCCCUCCCGCCCUAGCCAUCCUCGAACUCACAGACCAAGACGCGGCCGAAACGCCCCGCGAACCACCAGGACCACCGACAUGGAACCCGGCCCCCUAUGUCCCCCAACUCCGCGCCGCCCUCGCACGAUGGAAACGCCCAGCCAACGACGUCUUCCACGACAUCUCCGACGCCUCCCUCCUAAACGGCAGCCAACCAGACAACCAACCCUGCGAGGAAGUCAAGCCCAGCGCACCGGGUAACGUCUGCAACGCCCUCGUCCCCGACGGCGCCCACUGCGAGAACCUAGAACACGCCGCCGCGCAGCCCAAACCCCACGUCGUCUGCGAGGGCUGCGACCUGGCCUCCAGGAAACACCUCUUCGAGGGCCAGCAACCUCUCACGCGCACGGAAUUCCUCAACAUGCGCAACUACGCCUGCGGCGGCUGCUCCCACACGCGACAGGCCGACGUGCGGUUCGGCGGCAGGAUGCCCAACGGCCAGCUCGCGAACCCGCUGCACCCCGUGACGGGCUGUCUCUGCGCCAGCAAGCUGCUCGGUCGGCGGCUGUGCUCGCAUCACCGGUACCAGCUCGCGCAGCGGCUCAUGGUCCAGGUGUCCAUGGUGCUCGAGUGGGCGAUUACCAACUUUGGACCGGACAUGUGCCUGUUUUGUAAGCAGGGCGGCGACCUCGCCGGGAGCGUCGCAGAGUCGGAAAACGGCAUCAUGAACGAUUUAUUGUACGUAUGCCUCAAUUGCGAGGGGAUCGUCGGCGUGAACGGCCCGAAGGAGCUCGUUCCGGGUGUCGAGGAGUGGAUUGGCGGGUGUCAUCCGUUUUCCCUCUACUCGGAGCCGUGGAUGCAGACGCCUGUGCAGGAUAUAGAAUGGGACGCCUAA